GGUAUAUAUUUGUGCGCUUCUCGGCAACGACCCAAACAUUACUCCUUAUCACAAAUCGUUGUAACUACGAAGAAAAGACGUACGGAGUAUCGUGCCAGCAUGACGACCAGGCGGAAAAAUUGCCGAAACCUCGAGUGCAAGUCUCGAGAGGUCGCUUUCCGCGGCUCUUAGCAGAGAGGAGUGUCGGAGGAGUAAGAGAGAGAGACAGAGCACAGAGUCGCGCGAAUGGCAGUAAGUGAGCCGCCAGUCCACUAAACGAAAAGGAAAAUCGUUCGGUUCGUUGCUGUUUUGCAACGUUCGUGCGCGCAAAAGCAACAGUGAAAAGUAAAGGAGAAGUGGUGCGCCGAUAAUAUGAGGCAAGUGGUGGUACUAGAGCCGGCGGGUAGCGUGCUAGUGAUACGCCAGCAGACGAGUUGCUGCAACGCAACGCAAGGCAGCACAGUAGGGCAUCAUCGUCAAGCUGCUCUUGUGCCGCGCAAUGCAGUAAGCGCCGUGCAGGCGGCUACUGCAGCUGACCACAAUCAGAACAGGAUCGUCGUCGUGCGAUCGUCCGUCACGGCUAGUAGUACUGAGUUCGGCAACAACGAGCAGCAGCAGCGUCGAUCGAGCAACGAUGUCAAGAAAGAAGAGGCCGUUGAUCGGCCGAGUAAAGACGCCAAUUCUGAUGUUGGUGUUAACGAUAACGCUGUGAAUGAUGGAGAUCCGAUCAAGCUGCCGGAAAAUUUGGAGACUUUGCCGCGCGCUGAGCAUUUUCCGACGCAAAGACAUCGAUGGAAUACCAACGAGGAAAUCGCAGCAAUAUUGAUAAGCUUUCAGCGACACGCAGAAUGGCAAAGUCGGGAGGUAAAGGUGCGGCCAAGAAGUGGCUCGAUGCUGCUCUACUCGAGGAAAAAGGUUCGCUAUCGGCGCGACGGUUACUGUUGGAAAAAGCGCAAGGAUGGCAAGACCACAAGGGAAGAUCACAUGAAACUCAAGGUGCAAGGCGUGGAAUGCAUCUACGGCUGCUACGUGCACUCCGCAAUCUUGCCAACGUUCCAUCGUCGUUGCUACUGGUUGCUACAAAACCCCGACGUUGUAUUGGUGCAUUAUCUGAACGUGCCAUAUCCGGAUGGCGACGCGAAGUUGGCGGCACUACCACCAUGCCUGUCGUUGCCACCCGACAAAAAGGAAUGGACGCGAGACGAGUUAGCGAGUCAACUAAGGCCAAUGUUUCUCGGUGGUGACGAGCCUGACAACGCGAUGCCCGGGGCGAAUCAACAUCCUUCACAACCAAACUCACAUCCACAUCCCGUAGACAUGAUCGUCUCGCAACUACUCGACAGGCAGAGAGCUACUAAUGCUGGCUCAACUGGCGCUGCACAGCUUGCGCCUAGGAGACUUACUCCUGACAAUCAGGUCUCAUCGACAACCGGAGGGCAACAGCCAAACACAACGGCCUCGUCGACUCCGCGAGUUUACUCGAGACAUUCCCAUUCGACUCAGGGCCAGCAGCCGGCCCCCUUAGUAUUAAGUUUACAACAGAUCCAAGGCGGUGGAGGCCUUCUCAUUCUCAAUAGUCAGCCAUAUCAUCACCAGCAACAACAGCAGCAGCAGCAACAGCAGCAGCAGCAACAGCAAAAAGUCCAAUCGCAACAAACGUCACAGCAGCAGCAACAACAGCCAAAUCAACAACAAGACAUACAGCAGCAGGUUAGCGAUCAACAGCAACAACAACAGCAACAACACGUCAUACAACAGCAACAGACGACCGUCGAACGGGAGCGACAGAAUCCACAACACGAGAUCGACGCGAAAGACAGUAACAACAGUCACAGCAGUCACAACAGUAUAGACUGUUCAGGUGGCCAGUCAGUAGGUCCAGGUCCGCCUCCACCCGGCGUAGCGGACUUUGUGGAAACACUAGAUUUGAGUCAGGAAGACAUUCAGCGUACUUUGUCGGCGAACAUGGUGCACCCAUCGCCGUCGCCAUCUCCCGCCGGCGGUAUCAAUCCAAUGGACUUUAUUGACUCGAGUGACGAUGUAUUAGUGAAUUUAGAUGCUUUCGACAUGUUCAGUGAUCUACCCGAGCUGCACGACUUUGAUGCGUCCGAGUCUACGUCCAGCCACGUCAAUAAGACUGAUAAUCAACGGCAUGAGGCUGUCGCCAGUCAUCAGCCUACGUCGUCCCAGUGCCCUACCGUCCACAUCGCCGAGUACAGCCCCGAAUGGAGUUACACAGAGGGUGGCGUUAAGGUGUUAGUGGCAGGUCCCUGGACAGGCAGUGCCUCGCAAUCUUAUUCGAUACUAUUCGAUGGCGAACCAGUAGAAGCGUGUCUAGUGCAACCAGGAGUGUUACGUUGUCGCUGUCCAGCUCACGCUGCGGGUAUAGCCUCGCUGCAAGUCGCUUGCGACGGCUUCGUCGUGUCGGACAGCGUUGCGUUCGAGUAUCGCAGGCUACCACAAAGUGAGCCUAGUCCUGAGAAAGCGUUGCUCGAUCGACUUGCCGACGUUGAGACGAGACUGCAGGGCCCCGGGCCGCCUUCGCCUGCUGCGCAUCUGGAGGAGAGGCUUGUUGCUUAUUGUCAGGACGCAGUGGUAAGACCGUGGCGUACGAACGCCGAACCAUUACAAUCGGGUGGUCCAACAUUGUUACACUUGGCAGCGGGCUUAGGCUAUUCUCGACUUGCUUGUGCGUUAUUACACUGGCGAGCCGAGAAUCCAAGCAGCGUUCUCGACACGGAAGUCGAUGCACUUCGUCAAGACGCGGCUGGUUUGACUCCGCUAGCAUGGGCUUGCGCAGCUGGUCAUGCCGACACCGCAAGGAUUCUCUACCGAUGGAACGCGCAGGCGUUGCGCGUACGGGACUGCGAGAACAGGAGCGCGACCGAGCUGGCCGCGGGCAACGGUCAUGGCCAAAUUGCCGACGAGCUGAAUCGCUUGGAGGCGCGACGCCAAGACGAGAGGCUAUUUCUCAGACCGGCCAGCCCAAGUCCGCGGAGGCACUCCCAAGACAGCGGUCUCGAUCUGGCUCUCUGUGGCUCGCCGCUCCUGGACAACAUGGAGCUAUUGCAGGAUGACGAGUCGUCCUUAGGACUGCAGGGCAUGGAUAGCACCCCGAGUCCCACGGAGUCCUUAGGGGAGGAGGAUCCGAGGGUGUUGACCUUGGCCGAGCAAAUUAUUGCCGCGCUGCCCGAGAGGAUCAAGAGAGAGCAAUGUGACCCCACAGCCAAUUCACCAGCCUCACCACCACCAGCGGCGCCACCUCUGCCGCCACUCGGAGAUGCUCUCAUGGAGCAAAUGCCAUUGGACACCGGCGAGCUGUUCGACUCGUACCGCGAGUGCAGCGGUGGCGCAGCCUCGGUGAGCGACGUGGACGCUGAGGCAUCGCCGUCCUCGCCGUCAUCGAGUUGCCUGACACCGGACUCGCCCUCGCCACCACCGACGACAGCCGACUUUUGUGACUUUCUCCAGCUGCAGCUACAGCUCGACAGCGGCGUCGGCUCGCAAGCGAGCAGCUGCUCAACCGACAAGGUGAUUGGUAGCGCGGCGAUCGCGAGCUCACCGUCCAACUCGUCGAUCAUCGAUAUUACCAACGCUGGCGAAACCGAUCUCAGCCGACUCACGUUGUCCGACAAAGAGCAGCGAGAGUUGUAUCAAGCAGCGAGAAUGAUUCAAAAGGCGUAUCGGAGCUACAAGGGCAGACAGAGGCAGGAGGAGGCUGAGAGGCAUGCCGCCGUUCUCAUACAGCAGUAUUAUCGCCGUCACAAGCAGUAUGCUUAUCACAGGCAAGCGACGAAGGCAGCGAUGGUGAUCCAGAACAACUACCGUAGUUAUCGCGCUCGCCCGGGCACAGCGACGAGCGCACGUCAACAGGCGGUGCAACAGCAGGCGGCACACCAAGCAGCUCGUAAGAUCCAACAAUUCAUGCGACAGUCCAAAAUCAAACUGCAGAACGCCAGAGCCGUCGCAAGCGCGAACGGGAGGCAAGCGGGGCCAGCGGUCACUUCGCGGGCGGCUGCUGUCCACCAAAACUCGCACUCAUCUAGCCCAGGUGCAGCCGAAACAACGGCGAAUCAGUAACUACGAGCAACAGCAGCAGUGCCAGCCUUGCUCAACUUGCCCAAGGCCAUCGCAACAUCUAGACUGUCUCUCACAUCCCUCCUCUUCUUAUUCUUAUUCUUCUUCUUCUUCUUCUUCUUCUUCUUCUUCUUAUUCUUAUUCUUCUUUCUAUCCCUAUUUUCUCUCUUUAAACAAACACUUAUCUUUUUCCUUCUUCGAUAUAUACUACAGCGCUCGCACGGAUCUUAACCACUUUUCGCUAAAAGAACGAAGAUUUUUGUCCAACGUUAUACUUUCUUUUUCGUCCAUUCACUAUUGUCUCGACUCGGAAACUUGUCGUUUAUUAGCGUAGUUUAUAGGAUGUCUUAACAAUUUCAAGUUAAGCAAUCAAAGAUAAUUUUCAUUACUACUGCAGGUAAGAUCUACUGUUCGAGUUUCUUAUUAUAGUUAUGAUGUAGUAGGAAAUGAUUGUCGAAGGGGAGAUCAAUUUUAGGUAAGAAUUUUCGAAUUUACGGUUGAUUUCAAUGGAAUAUUUAUUGAAUUUUCAGAGGUACUUAUGAUUACCUAAUUGCUUAGAUGUUAUUGGCAAUCAAAUAUUUAAUCAACUUUUGAGAAUGUAUUUUCUGCGCCAUUAAAGGGCUCAAUAUGAUUAAGUAUUAUUCAAGUUUUUCAAAGUAAAACAUUAGUAUUAAGCACUGCUUUAUCGAAUAUUUUCAAAUGAAAAUUCCUUUUAGAGUAUUUUACAUAACUUUUUGGUUCGACAUAGAAGAAGAAAAAUAUCAACUCAUUAGUUGAACCAUUCAGACAAUCAUUUUUCACAAAAUUAUUAGACAAUUUCACAAAAAAUACCAAUUUAAUCGAUUAAUGAAAUUGCGAAAGUAGUACAAAUAAUGACAAGUUUUCGUGCUAUGCUUUUGAUACUCUCUCUCUUCCCCCUUCUCUCUCCCUCUCUCUCUCUCUCUCUCUCUCUCUCUAUCUAUAUAUCUAUCUAUCUCUCUUCAACUAUAUAUAUAUAUAUAUAUAUAUAAAGUAAAACCGUACUAGCUUUGUCAGCUUAAAACUUUGGCCUGUUCAAAAGGAUGAGUCUUCUUCUCUCCGUAAUCCAUCUCGAUAUUUUUCUACGCGAUCUAGCUUGUCACUCGUGCCGAGACUGCAGGGAAAAUUCCUUUUUUUAUAAAAACGAAUGAAAAAAAUAGAUUAACAAAAAAAAAUUAAAUACGAAGAGAGCAAGAGAGAAUUUUCUCUUUCGAGACUUUUCACGCUCUGUUAGCGAACGCGCGCGAACGAUCAAUUCUUUUUUAAGUAGAUCCGUAUUUAAGCGAGAUGUGAGAUAUGUGAUUGUCUCAAGGUUGACGCGUAAUCAAGUACCUGAAUAAAAAUUUAGUAAAAAUUGCGCAAAACAAAGUCGCAACAAAACAAAGGCACCACAUAUUCUUUUUUCUCUCUUUCUCUCAUACCAACACUUCAAUGCACUAGUUUUGUAGAGUCAACACAUGCAUGUACACAAUUCGUCGUCAUGUAACUUGUAAGAUAAAUAAUUGAGUACGUUUGUCGAUUAAUCAAAUUUUCAUUAUCGUGAACGAGAAAUAAAAGAAGACAACCAAUUUGUACUUAAGAGACAAGUCCUUUUGAAGUUUAAACUAGUGAAGUGUAAAUAUAUAUAAACGACGUAGAUAUUGAAAAGUGGUUAAAUCCAUGGGAGGCAGACUUCACGCGUCCUGCAUACAAUGUGAUAACAAGUCGCAAGUUCUUUUUGUAAAAGCUAAGCGCUCGAACGUAGAUUAUUUAUACAUAUACACACAUAUAUAUAUGUGCGUUAAUGAUGGUUAUUUUCUGUUUUUAGUUUUGUGAUGAUCGACACAUGUAUGUGUGUUCAAGGAAACAUGGACUUAAAUGAAACAUUGUUCUAUUUUAUUUGGCUUUGUUUUAUUUUUUUUAUAACUCUGCUUUUUGUAGUGGCACAUUAGACAGAGUUUAUUCGACAUUGUUCUUUGUAUAACGACGUUAGUUUUCUAAUGCGUCCAUCGACAUGCAAGUUGGCAAAUUUUACGUAAUAUAGUUUACAUUGUUGAUUAGCCUUGUAAUUAUACUUUACAUUGUUCGAUUGUUGAGAUAUGUCGAAGAGCGAUUUAUCUAUAUAUUUUAUGACUGUAUCAUAUAGAGUUGCAUCAGGUAACAUAUAAAAAAAUAAACGCAGCGAAAGGCGUGUGUACAAGCGUAGGAUAUUUUUGUCUUAUUUAGUAAUAUCAUUCGUAAGAGAGAAAAAUAAUUUUGUCGCUUUCGUAUUUUUUAUUUUUAAGGAUUUUUCUAAUGCUAAAUUUAAGUCAAAAAUAAAAAAAUAAAAGAAGUAUUGUAAGAAAACAAAAAAUUCAACGCAAGAGCUACGCAAGAUAAGAAUUAGCAGUAAAAAAAGGAAACAAAAACAAGGAGUUUACAAAUGGACUUUGUUUUACUGUGUCUGCGAGAAACACGUCCAUAAUUCCUUCGUUUAAUGGUAUACGUGCUUAUAAUUUUCAACAAGUCCCGAGACUGCGUGAUCUAUGACUGCGUGAUCUAUCGUGAAAGAAAAAAAACAUAAUUUGCUCGAGGAUGAAGAUAUAAAAAAUGAAACAAUAUAUGGUGCUAAGUGCGCGUGGCGUGCGCACUGGCGGCAGAAACAAAACUUUUGUACGCAUGUCGUCGAAACAUUAUGGUGAAAACAAAGCAAAAGACACUAAUUUAAACAAAAGAGUCGAUGCCCGAUGUAACAAGGCGGUGAUCUUUUAUCUGUGAGCUCUCACUCAAGUACUGAAGACGAGGAAACGAAGAAUAAACAAAUAGUAACUCGAGCGCGAUCAAAGGAAUCGGCGAGUUCGAACCUAUGUUAAAAGAUAGUGAAAGACAUCACACACAUAUACACAGCAAAUACAGACAAACUUUCGUACAUUUGCUUAUUGUACGUAACGGUACAAUCUAGUGAUUUGAGGCGAUUUAGUCUCUGAUAACGUGUAAGCCGAUUAGUCUAAUAUAGCGAUGAAAAUAUUUCAAAAUGCGUAGAAUUUGGGUUUACUUCGUGCUUCAGACACUUUUUCAUAAGGUAUUUUAAAAAAAAGUCCAAUUUUUCGAUUUUUACAUAAUUAAAAUCUAGUGCGAGGAGACUGUGAAGGUGGUACAUUCGUAAUUUUAACGAAUUAAACAUAAUCAAAUUAAUUUUCUUAAUUCUUGUAUAAUCGAGUCUUAUUCUCCUAAACUACUGAUGAAAAUUUAUCCACGUAAAGUUGCGAGUAAAACUAGGAAUGAGUCGUAGCGUAACGAGCUUUUACGAUUAAUUAAGAUAAAAAAAAAUAUAUAUAUAUAUAUAUAUAUAAAUAUACAUAGAGACAGAGGAAGACGACGAAGAAACAAAUUUAUAAAAAAACGUAAAACGGCGCACUCGCGUCGCUGACGAGUCUACGAAGUUUUCCGAUAUUUUUGCAAUGAGAUAUAGAUAAAAAUAAAAAAAUUUACGUAAUUAUAGUAUUGGAGCUGAUGGCUGCUGAUUCCUUCGAGCGCGUUCGCAAAUAAAACUGGAAAAACACGACAUACGUUGAAGGCGAUGAAAAAAGUUUGGACGGGCUGUGCAAAGAAGUCACGGUGUUUUAUGAUCAAUUUCUUAUAUUGAGAUUUUAAAUGUAGAUUAAGCGAAAAAAAAUUCAAUCUAGCAAUGAAAGACACAAGACGUAACGCGAAGUCGAGACGAAUUGAAAGAAAACAGAAGCAAAAGAAAACUUAUUACCGUAGGUGCAAACUUUUAACGUUAGGCUUGUUAUCGAUUAUCUAAUUACCGAGAUUUUUCCUCCACUCAGGAGAUUUUUAAAGAAAAGAAUAAUAACAAUUGAUGGCGAACAAGCCAUCAAAUAUAAAUAAUAUAUAAUACGUAAGAUUAAAAAAAAAUAACGCUGAGAGGUUUUCUUUCCGCGUAGUGCGCUCUCGCCAAUGCGAACAAAUAAUGACGGUAAAAAGGAAGAAAACAAAUCAACAAUUUAUUUCUUAGCGUAAGCACAUUAUACAGAGCCGAGGGCCUCGCGUUCCUGUUGGUUUGUAGCAAAGAGCAAGGGGAGAUUAUUCAAUAUUGUGAUAAAUCCAUGGUGAUCUAAGAAAGUAUUUCCGUAAUCUGCGUCGUGACGCGCACGCGGACACGGGGAGAAACACACGUAAAUGGAUGACGUACGGGCGGGCGAAUUCUCGCCAGUAAGGCAGGCUGAACAAAUUUUUUCGACGAUUGCGAACCUCGUAUUCACUCUCUUUUCUUACGUUUCCUGCACAUUCGUAUCCAGUACAAACCUCAAGCUAAAAUAGUUAUUUUUAUGAAAAAUUUUCACUCGCUACACUCACUGCGUAGCUAAUAUUCUGAAAAAAAUAUUUUUUUUCUAAUUUUGUGAAUUUUAUUGAUUCAGUUGUUACUUUUCUAAUUGGACUCAUUUCACAAUUUUUCGUGCACAUUAUUUAUCGCUGCUAAGUGAAUAAAAAGAGCUUGCAUAAUCGACCUUGACCAGUUGUACUUAUGUAUAGACUCUGAGGUCAAUCGUUUCUUUUCAAUUCUGUAAAUUGAACGAGUUCGAAAUAAAAAGAACUUCUCUUUAUUUAUCAAUGUCACGUAUUCAACAUCUAUAUAACGGCAGGCAGAAAAAAAGUUGUAAAGGUUUUCGCUCAGGUCGCUUGGGUAAUCUGGCAGCAGGUCAAGAUAAAUUUUUUGGCAAUGGGCUGCGGGAUUUGGUGAAUUACUUUUAUUAGCCCUACUUGCUCAUUCGCGUGUUCGUCAAAAUGUUUUGUUACAAUCAGAACGUGUUGCAGAAUUGAAUAUAACUUUCGAUAAAACAAACAAAAGUAAAUGUAAAAUGGUAACCAAGAGGUGAAAACGAGGCGUAAUCGCACAUGUAAUAUUGUAUACAUGAGUCAAUUCCAACGAGCAUUUUCAUGCCACUAAGCUUAAAGAUUUUAUUAAUUAAUUAUACAUACAUUUAAAGAAAAAAUGUGAAAUGAAGAGCGAGCGAAUUUAACGAAUGAGUGAACUAAUAUAGCGAGAAAGGAAUACAAUAAAGAAAAAAUCACGCGAAAGAUGAUGAAAAGAAAGAGGAUGUAAAACUUUCAAUCAUUGUUAAUAAGUUAUUUAAUUAAUCAAUCUUGAUUCUAUUAAUCCUUAACAAGAAAGAAAACGAGUAAUGGUAUAGUUAAUAAUACAUACAAACUAUCAUAUUCAUAUUUUUGCUUAUUGCAUAAUUAAAAAUCUAUUAUAAGAUUUAGCGAUUUUCAAUGCCAGGAUGGAUUAAACAGGCUGGCUAGUUUUACUCUGAGCGAAGCUACAAAUGACUGAGCUUAUGUUAAAAACAAAUUAACUAUCGUAGAUGAUAUAUUUUUAACCUGCUCUCGAAAUAUUAGGGUUUUACUAAAGUUGAGCGAAACAAAGAUAAAUUAAUAAAAUUAUUUUCAUUGAUAUGUCUCUGUAAUCUUUAUAUUAAAAUAAACUCAGUUAUCUGUAGUUAUUGUUUCGGACAGAUUUUUAGGAUUAAAUCGUACUCCAAGCCCGACUUUUACUACUAAACAAGAGAAAAAAUAAACGCGAUAAUACCGUCAUCUUUCUGAGACUUAUAAAGUAUAAAUUAUAACGCAGUAUUUUUCGACCGCGAGCCAAGGCCAAUGUUGAGCCUAAGCUGGGUGAUAAGAGAAAAAAGAGCAUAAAAAAAUUAUUAAAAAAAUUUAGUGUAGUUUUUUUCAAGUAAACUUCAAUCGCAUGUAUCGAUAAAUAAACGCAUUAAUCUACUGCAUAAAGAGAAGCUAGAGAAAGAAGAAAAUGGAAAAAUCAAGUAUCGCAAUAAAGUCCACUCGAUUAUAAAAGAUUUGCUAGGAUAGAAGCUUCAAUGAAUCACUUGAAAACCUUAAAAACCAAUUUCAACAAAUUAAUCUCAAUCUCCAAAUAACUAGAGGGCGAAACUUUAUCAAAUCUAUGUGAGUAAAAAAAAGCCAAGAAGACUAGAUUUGAAAUAAAAUAUAUAGAAGCCGCAUGGCCUAAUCGCUGCCACUCGGACAUUCUCUUAAAUUCCAUAAAAAGAAAAAUAAGAAAGCUCGUCUUGCGUAUAGAGAGAAAGGUAUCUGAACGAGUGUAGGAGCAGAGCGUAUCUUAUAUUUCACCUUUUCAAACUAAACUUUUUAGAGUCAGAGAUAUAAAACGAAAGCGUAGUUGAGAGAUAAUAAAGUACAGUAGAAACCGACUAUAUAUCUACACAUGUACACACAGAUUCAAUACGAAUACACAACUUAAACACACAUAAUACACUCUAACAGAAUUAUGGAGUGGGCGGAAGUGUCGAGACCGUCGCGCGCCGCCUCGCCGUUGCGAAACCCCAUCCGCUUGUCCGUCCGCGCGCACUUCCCAGAGGAUCAGAGGCGUAAGAGCGGCGAGAUCGGAAGAGAGUGUAAACCCAAAGACCGUCUCGAUACUACGUGACCGCGUCGCCUCUUCGUCUUGGAAAUUGGUUGUACAAAUUAAAUAGAAAUAAAUUCCAACGAACUUAAUGAUAAACAAAUCGCGAAGGUGAUCCAAUACGAAACACGGCGUUCGCGGUCAUUUUUGCGCUAUACCUUUCUAGUGCUAGUAAGGAAAAAACAAACCAAACGAGUAAUCAGUGCUCCAUCUCUUUUAAUAUUUUUAUUAUUGCAAGCGUAACGUUCAUUAUACGAAGAAGAGAAAAAUGAAAGAAAAAAAACUCUUGAAUUUAUUAAGGAUAAAAAAAAAGACAAUUUUGAAUCGUACGAUUGCGAGAGUGGUAAACAUUAUUAAAGGAUUAUAUGUGAGACAACAACAAAAAAUGUACUGUACCACUAUUUAUUAUUAUUUAUUAACGACUAAUGUUUAAUUAAUCUUGUAAAUAACGAAAAUAUUUUAACUAUAUAUUUCCGAUUCGGGGGUCGCGCGGACGCAAGAGAGGGGAGUCGCGCGCGCGCCAUUAUAAUUAUUAUUAUUAUAACCUCCGCGUGCUGCCCGAUCCUCGUUUUUUCUUCGCUGAUUAUAUAUAAAUAUAUUAUAAUUAAUUAAUUAUAUUGUACUUAGGAGAUUGAAUGAGAUGUGACGAGCGGCGAUCGUCCCGCAGAAAUAAUGUCGCCGUGCGCGUCCGGCGCCCCCAUUGUUACACCAUUUCAUCAUUGCAUUUAA